GUGAGGGGCAUCUAAGGCAUGGGCAGUCAGUCAUUUCCUUCACCACCACCACCACCACCAACAACUUGCAACCUCCACUUCUGACUCCGAAAUCAUCAGCGGCAACUAGCAGCCUUUGUCGUUUGAGAGUCCCAGUUUCCGUCACAAAGCCAUCCAAGCUCUCAACCAUAUCAACAAGAAAUCUGUAGCCAUGUCUUCGGCCGAGAACCCCGCGGUGCCUGUCGAGGAGACCAAGGCAGAGGAGACGAAGCCCGUCACCUCCUCUGCCGUCUUCUCCAUGUUCGGAGGUGGCGCCAAGAAGGAGAAGAAGGACGACGACGAGGACCGCGGCGAUAACUCCGGCAGCAACAAGGCCCAGCGCGACGCCGCUGCCGCCGCCGAGGAGGGCGAGGAAGCCCCAGAGUCCGAGGACGUCCACUUCGAGCCCGUUAUCCGCCUUACUGAGAAGGUCGAGACCAAGACGAACGAGGAGGCCGAGGAGCAGCUCUUCAAGAUGCGCGCGAAGCUGUUCGUCUUCAAGAAGGACUCCCAGGAGUGGAAGGAGCGCGGCACUGGUGACGUCCGCCUGCUGAAGCACAAGGAGAACGGCAAGACCCGCCUGGUCAUGCGACGUGACAAGACCCUCAAGGUCUGCGCCAACCACUACAUCGUCCCCGAGAUGAAGCUGUCCCCCAACGUCGGAUCUGACCGAAGCUGGGUGUGGAACGCCGCUGCCGAUGUCAGCGAGGGCGAGGCCGAGGCUGUCACUCUUGCUAUCCGCUUUGCCAACUCUGAGAACGCCAACGCCUUCAAGGAUGCCUUCAUCAAGGCCCAAAAGGACAACGAGGCUCUCUUCGACGCUGACGCCCCCGCCGAGGCCGUCCAGACCAAGGAUGAGGAGACCAAGGAGACAAAGGAGGCUGAGGCUGCCUAAAUCACCACGGUCCGCCAUCACUGCACCGGAGCAGACUCCCUGCGAGACGCCGCGAGACGAGGAAGCACACCAAGGCACUUCCCCGGAAUCACCGUACGAACGCAACACGAACAAACCCAUCGUCAUCAACCCCACAUAGCACCAUCAUACCCCAGCACACCAGCACCAGAAUCCCCAUAACCCCACCCCUGUCGGCCGUUUUCAUGCGGACGGAAAAGGUCCUGCUUGAUAUGCGUAUGAAACCCUGUGUAUCAGCUGCUGGUCCUUGGAGACCGUCGAGUGGCUGUCUCCGUGUUUUUCUUGGACAACCCCCCCGGUCCCCUCGCCAAACGGUGGCCGGUGGCUCCUGUCGGGAAAAAUGCCAAAACUAGGAAUCUGCGGCGGAGACAAAAGAAGGGAGAAGCAGCAGGAGGACAAUAAUGAAUACGAUGACGAUUUCCACCCAACAUACAACACACCUACCUAGCCGUCCGUUGAACCCGUACUAGACUGCUUGCACGCCCCACCUCAGUUAGCGAGAGGGCGGCGGAAAGCUUGCGAGGGUUGAAAGUAGAUAGAUGAAAUCAUAUCCUGAUCCUUUCC